AUACGUUGUACUAGUAGCGCCAACAACAAACCUAAGCAGAAGCAUGUUUCCACGCCCUCUCGUACUUGUUGACCCCCAACCUCCAUUAACAAAGUCAUUCGGUAUAUCCGAUCGUCCACUGAUGUGUUCAGAGUGUUAUGCGUUGCUGUGUUUUCCGUCGUCGUCGCACUGCGCAACUGUAACGUCUUCUCCACGUGAUACCGAGAAUCGUUGUGUCGUGCGUCUUUAUGGCUUGCUCUCCUGCUCUCGAGUUCCAGUAUUCACAAAGCCAAUUCAGUUAUGUACGAACUCAUUAACAAGAGAAAAAUUGGGCGUGGUCUGGAGAACGUUCUGUAGCGAAGAAUGCGGACUGCUCACACGAGAAAUAUGCGACCUCCUCGACAUUUUCCCACUUGAUAGGGAGAAGCUGGAUUCGUGUCUCUCAAAUACAACGGAUCUCCAGCGGAACCAUGUAGUUAAUGCUCUACAGAAAUUAAUUGACUAUCCCGAUUCGCCACACCGUCAUUCCACUCGUAGCCUACUCGCAGAAUGGAUGCAAAGAACGAGCUGCUUUCCUUCUGCUAUUGUACUGAAAGACAUUACAGGUAUAAGUCAACUACCGGACUUCUCAGGAACGUUCACCGAUACCUUUUGCGGCACAUAUUCUGGGACAAAGGUCGCUCUCAAGCGAUUGAUCAUCGAUCAUACACUCCCGGCGUCAUCUAGGCAGCACCUAUUCGAGAAAUUCCAUCGCGAGGUAGCCUUGUGGCGUAACCUCGAUCACGAAUACGUCCUGCAAUGCUUUGGUUCAUCCGGUGCAGCGUUCGAAAGAUAUUUGACUAUAGUCUGUCCCUGGGUGCCGAAUGGUAACGUUCGUGCUUAUAUUGAUCAGCACAAAGAUUUCCUCGAAUUGAAUUGGCGUCUCCCUCUAUGGCUGCAUCAAGUAGCACUUGGCCUACAAUAUCUUCAUUCCCAAGGUGUAAUACACGGGCAUCUUUGUGGCCGAAAUAUCCUCCUAGAUUCUGAUUGCAAUGUUCGCCUGGCAGAUUUUGGCAUCACUUCCUUUGCUGAUAAUGAGCCGUAUGAUGCUUACCCUCAUCGCAACUACCUUGUGCCCUGGCUUGCACCCGAGCUGUUUGUCCCUGGUAAUGUAACAUCCAUCCGGCGAUUCACUCGUGAGAGCGACGUCUUUGCGUUCGGAGCUGUGAUUAUCGAGGUGUUCACCAAUCGGGACCCAGAGAACACGCUUGAAUUAGAUGGCAACCAAGAUGUUGUUGCUAAACCACCUUCCCCGCACGGCACGCUUGUAGAGAUUCCUCCGCACCUGCAACGUCUGGCUGCGGAAUGUUAUCUCAUUGACCCCCAAUUGCGACCUUCUGCACUGCAAGUUUGCUUAUCAACUGCUCCGUCUGAUGACCUUCUGUCAACAGCUGCUGGUCCAUUUGGACGAGAUACAAUAAAACCAGUCAUUGAGAGGCUGGGUGCCACUGUUGCCGUACUCGAUACUUCCUUCUCGGAAGUGUACAAUCAUCUCAAACUGCAACAUCGACUGGAGGAUCAUAGCGGUGAUACGUUGUUGGAGGAAUGGUGUUUUCUAUACAAAAACUGUCAUCGCUACUUUGCAUCGUUUCACAACCUCUGCGUCGAUAUUCGAUCAUCUGGCGCAGGUACUCUGUUACCGGCUCUUGAACUGGCUACUACCGUGUGGAGUGAAGGCGAGAUGAAGGAGAACACGCAAGAAGUGGUGUUCCAACGUCACUCGAUGACGAUAACACUUGAUGCCAUUGAGCGUCUACUAGGAGGUAAUCGCAUCCUGCUCGAUACCCUGGCUCAGCUAGCACCGAAAAUCGAUCGUACGAUGAAUGCUCCCCAUCUCAAACUGGAAGGGCAGACGUGGAGGAACCCGAGAAUGUCGAACAGGUGGAAACGUCAUCUGUCAGGAAUUCCCAAAUAUGUCGUUGCCGUAUCUUUGAUCGCAGGCAGAUCAAUCAGCCGACUCUUUCCUUUCGGUCGAGAAUGUUGCACGGCUCGCAGCUCGCAGCAAAUUCAUGCAAGCCUUCCAAUCGACAGUUCCCCAGUAUCAAAGUCUCUACACAAUGUCCAAGAGAACCUAGAUGCGAUAAACGCCAUCUUGCAAUAUAUCAAGACGUGCACGGUGAAAGAAAUCGAAUGGGUUACGAAGACGACUCGACCAAAUCUGCUUAUAGCACCGGCCCACUAUCGCGAUACCACCAUUCCAUUCUUACGAAUCAUUGAGACCCAGGUUUCACCUAACUAGUCACGGCUUGAGUUUACUCUCUCAUACAGUACACAACAAUACACUCUCUUAGAUAUUAGGCUGUGGCCUGGACUAGUGCCGUACUCUGUCACAAUAUCGUUUCAAUACGACUAGCAAAGGGGCAUAGGUACCGAGGAUCGGCUGUAGAUCAUCCACAAAGCCUCCGUCGGGCGAUAAAUCCUGUUCGAAUUGUUACUCGAAAAGUAAUGAUUCAGUACUUGAAUGAAAACCUACUAAAUCGGCACUGAAUGCUAGUGCAUCAUCGAGACUGGCGAGAACGUGCUCCAGGACAUCAGAAACCUGUAACGUAACAUUACUUCGAGUGCAUUCUCUCUAGCUUCAAGCGACUUACUUCCUUCCAAAACGACGCAGCGGCGCGCCAUUUUCUGUCAAAAUGUCCAAAGCUCCCCUCGGGCGGUGUAGUUUCCAGGUCUAUUAUGACAGGACCGCUGACCGUUGCUUGUGUUAUACCAUAAGCCUUUUGGCCGCUAGAUGCUAAAAACAAUGCGAACUUACGGGUUGAGGGUUUGGCGGGUUUGCGUUGACGGAAACGGACCAAUGCCUGGACCGUCAAAAUCUGGACGUGCAUAGGCUUGUCAGUCGAGCAACGGCCGGAUAUUGACAUGAAAAUAAACAAACAAUCUUUCUCAAUCUGCAGAAGUAGUCAUAAGCAAUCGUGCCGUCGCUGCAGCCGAUUGAUUAUACCUUAUUUUGACAAGACUAUCCUCAUGGUUUCGAGGACUCGGAUAAUUGCGUUUGAGUCUUUCGAAGUCGUUCGUCACAGCUACACAGCGGUCUCGCUCUCUCUGGACGAGCUGCAAGAAGCGUUACAUCAGUUGUGAUAGACUUGACAACUCUCAAUGUAUACCUUUCGGUGCCAAAUGAUCUCCCUAUGUAGAGUUUUUAACC